AUUAUUCCUUAUGGGUGUAUUAGCCGCGUUUGUCCCAAAACGUGUCUCGUUGUUCAACUGACUUCUAGCGCACUUGAUGGUCCUUCACAAGACCUGCCUUUUGAUUCGGUGUUGCCGAACGGGCCGAACUCGUCGUUAUUUUGAUGCUGCCACCAAAAGGUCGAGAAUUUAAAGAUGCCACGUCCAUGAAAACAGCCCAACAUCAUGCUUUGUGACACUAGGCAAAGUAUCCUCGCGUAUGCGGGCAUUUUCAGUGGAUAUUAUAGCCUUCUCUUGUUUCUGGAAUACAAUAGCGGAGAUGAUGUGACCGUUGCGAAGAUCGUAAAUAUGGGCUCCUACGGGAUCAGCUUGCUCAUGCACCUUCUCCUGUUGCUGUCCAUGGCGACUAUGAAUCGCGAACUGCUGGGGCUCUUCAUCACGUUUCUGAAGCUCAGCGUCGUUUUGUUGGUCGUCCUGAUAUUGAUCGACAUCAUCAUGGGCCCAAAGGUUGCGUCAUCGUCGCAUCGUCGACGGAGACGAAGGAGGAAGGACGCCACGUUUCUUGACGAUCUCUCCUUUUUCUGGAUAGGUGACCAUAUCUUACAGCCUUCAGAUGACUACGGUGAUGGUAAUGAAGGGGAUGACGGUGAUGACGAAACUCUGAAUGUCACUCACAGCCUGAAAAAAGCAGCUCAUGUGAGUCGAGCCGUAGCGGUCCUGGAGAUAAAAUCUGUCUUUGGCUUCAAGUGGAAUUUUGUGAACCACGUUAUCAUGAUCAUCCUCGAUAUUUUCAUGAUUUGGAGGCUGUCUGGUUACUACAGCACUAUGGAAAGAGACUGAAUUGGUCAUGAACAAGAGCUUCAAGAGACAGCUGAAUGGCGAACAGAAUGGCGCAAUAAAGGAAGGCAUCGCAUGUUUUUCAAAUCCGA